AUGUUACACCUCAAGACUUUACAGGAGGAGCUUGGGGGUGUAGCUGGAAGUGGGUCUAUCCGGACCUGUAACAGUCGAUUUUUAGAAAAGAUGUUAGAUACUGCUGUUAGAGGUACUAAUUACUUCUGCAUGGCUAUUGCUAGUAUAGCAUUAUUAGUAUAUAUGCCACCUCGAGGCAUGAUUGCAGUCUUUUUGGAUCUAGCUGUUAUGGGUAAAGAGUUUAUUACUACUCGGUUGGAGCUUACCACUUCCACAGUUGAGCUAACUUUGUCUGUGGACUGCCCUGACCAGUUCUGGUGCACAGAUGAAGAAUACCUACCCAAGAUGGAUGAGCGAAACAAAACACUGAAAGAAAAAUUAGUAUCUCGUCUCCAGUUUGAACCAGAGAGGGCAGAGGUACUGCUUAUGGCAAAAGGCAGGUCUAUUGUGUGUGAACCGGCUGACAGCAGUGAAACGGACAACAGGGAACUGUCAUCCUCAGGAGAGAGGAAGUACCCUAUGCUUUGCACAGCAGUUUACAGAGCAAGCUCAGAAAGGAAACACCAAGCAGCAAUAAAAGAGGAAGAUGUGUGUUUUGGAAAUGUGAUCUCAAGAAUACAUAAGGAGGGAAGAGAAGAAUCUGUUUGUCAGCCUACUAGCUAUAAUAUUAGAGAGACUGAAAUGCAAACAGCUGUUUUGAAACCGAGUUGCCAUAAAAAGACUUGUGAGCAACCAAAAGUUGAAAGAUCUUCUAAAAAGUCUUUGAGAACCAAAGUUCAUUCUUAUGAUAGAACAGAACCAAUUGAUGAUGAUGUUAUAAUGCAUAUUUUGAGGCUUCGAGGCAAACUUGGCUGGCAAACAAAGUUACCAUCAUGUGAAUGGUUAGCUAGAGAGGCUGAUGUAGCCAGACUUCAGAAGUUCACACUUACGAGACCUUUAUUGCUAAAAGAUAGUGGGGAAUAUAUAUAUUGUCUUCAACGAGACAGGAACAACUUUAAAGCUCCCUACAACCCGUACGAUUUACAGGCUGUCUCUACGAAUACAGCUAUGCAAAACAAAGAAUAUUGGACUAUUACAGCUUCAUUUGUGUCUAAGCACGUUGAGGAUAACGAAGAACCACGUGACGAACACAAGAAGGUGGGACUAAGGCACUCCCAGUCGCUACCUGAAGUUCCUCGGGACCUUCUCAGGAUGACUGCAGAUAUCAGAAAAGAAACCUCUGCGCAACAGGUGACCAACCAGCAUCUUUUACCUGUUGCACUCUCCGUGGGUCCCCCGUGGUACCGCAGUAGGCAGGCCUGA